GUAUAAUUUUGGCAUUCCUCUUAGGCAGAGGUGCUCGUCUGAAGUAACUAUUGCAGCAGCAGCAUCACCACCACCACUGCUAUGCUGAGCAAAAACAUCACCCUUUUUUGUAUGUGUCUAGCCUUCGUUGCAGUGUGUAUGCCCAUACUGUUCACUACUGGACGGCAUCUUAUAAGCAGAAUGACAGCCACGGCAACUUAUGUAGCUGGUACUCACUCCAUGGCCUUCGUUACUGCUCCCUCGCAGGAGGUUGCCAAAAAGAUUGCCAGUGGCCUGGUGAAGAACAAACUAGCAGCUUGUGUGAAUAUUAUCCCCAACAUAGUGUCUAUAUAUGAAUGGAAGGAAGAAAUCAAUGAAGAUUCAGAGGUGCUGAUGAUGAUCAAAACUCGAACCUCUCGCCUAGAGGAGGUGACAAAGUUUGUGCGGGAAAAUCACCCAUAUGAAGUAUGUGAAGUUAUUUCAUCACAGAUCGACCAAGGAAACCCACCAUAUCUGGACUGGAUUAGCAGUAUUGUGCCGGAGAAGGAGUGAAGUUCCUGCUAAGUGUGCAUUUCUGGACUUGAGAUUGCAGCUAAAUAUGAAAAAAGGAAAAUAGAAGCCUACGGAAAGUGUUAUGGCAGAUUUAUAAUUCUGAUUUCAUAUUCAGUGACAAAAAUGUAUUUCAACAACUUUUAAUUCGCAUCUAAGUGAAUGUUCCUCUUGCUGGUGAAAUACUACUGUGUUCGUUUUAAAUACAGUAUAUGUUGCAUAUACA